UAUUUCAUUGGUGCAAUGAUCUCUGCUUCUUUAAGUUGUCCCAAAACAGUUAAAAAGAUCUUAUUGAUUCAUUUCAUUCCAGUUGCUUCAACAUAUCUGCUCUGUUUGUCUGCUUUUUCUAGAAAUGUUAUUUUUCUACAUAUGUAAUGUCAUGUGAAUUUGAUGAUCGAGUUAUGCCACUUUUCUAGAGAAUUUAACUUCUGCUGUAGGUAUAGUUGCUUCAUCAUGGAAAGCAGUGGAGAUAUGGCUUUGUCAAAGCAGGAUUCUCCUGAAGUACUUCCACCGCUCAUCAAAUUUAUUACUGCAAAUGAAGUGGCUGGCUUUGAUAGUGUUGAAGAGCUAAAACAUGUGGAUAAUCAGUUCCAAGAAAAUGCCUUUCAUUCUUUCAGUCCCUCAGCUACAGGAACCGAAACAGCUGCUGUCCAAAGCCAGAGUGAUCAUUCUGUUUGUAUCAGCAUGCCCUCUUCCCCUAUGGAAGUUCACUUACAGAGCACUAAACGAGUUCUAUUUAGAGAUCAUGAUGGAAUGAUUUUCAACAAUGAUAUUGAAAUUUCUUCUGCUACACCAACUGCUAGCAUUAAACAGGAAUAUUUUCAUUCUCAGACAACACCCGCAGGUACUGCAUUUGAUGAGGAUGUUGCAAGUGGAAACUUUCCCAACCGCCCAGAGGUUCCACCCAAGAAUCCAAGGAUUGACAGGCUGAAGGAUAAAAGGUUUAAUUCUUUCAAAACCUGGUCUGGCAAGCUUGAGAGGGAGUUAUCACAUUUACGACGAAAGCCACGGGAAACUGGGACAGAGACAAAUACUCUGCAGAAUGUAGAGGUGGUGACCUUACCUGUGGGCCGAUGCUUUGAUGCUUUGGAAGGACCAGAAUUAGAUACCCUCAGGGCUUCGGAGGAAAUACUGCUUCCAGAAGACAAGCAAUGGCCAUUUCUUCUUCGCUUUCCUAUCUCUUCAUUUGCUAUUUGCCUCGGGGUUAGCAGCCAAGCCAUUCUGUGGAAAACCUUAGCCACUUCGGCUUCCACAAAAUUCCUCCAUAUUAGCCUUGACGUAAACUUCAUGCUGUGGUGCAUAUCUGUUGCUCUUGUAGCCAUUGUCUCUUUCAUCUACCUCCUCAAAGUCAUAUUCUACUUUGAAGCGGUUCGUCAUGAGUACUAUCACCCAAUUCGUAUUAACUUCUUCUUUGCCCCAUGGCUAUCUUUCUUGUUCUUAGCUCUAGGAGUUCCACCAUCUAUUGCUCAAAAAUUACAUCCAGCUCUCUGGUAUGUUCUCAUGACACCAAUAUUUUGUCUAGAGAUUAAAAUUUAUGGACAGUGGAUGUCAGGAGGACAAAGGAGGCUUUCAAAAGUGGCCAAUCCUUCAAAUCAUCUCUCGAUUGUUGGGAAUUUUGUGGGGGCAUUAUUGGGUGCAUCAAUGGGGCUAAAAGAAGGACCGAUGUUCUUCUUUGCUGUUGGAUUGGCUCACUAUACAGUCUUAUUUGUAACACUCUAUCAGAGACUUCCAACAAAUGAGACACUCCCGAAGGAGCUCCAUCCGGUUUUCUUUCUGUUCGUUGCUGCGCCUAGUGUUGCUUGUGUGGCAUGGGCGACGAUUCAAGGCUCCCUUGACUAUGGGUCGCGGAUUGCUUACUUUAUUGCCUUGUUCCUUUAUUUCUCACUGACUGUUCGACUCAAUUUCUUUCGAGGGUUCAGGUUCUCCUUGGCUUGGUGGGCCUACACUUUCCCAAUGACCGGAGCUGCCAUUGCAACCAUCAAGUACUCAAAUAAGGUUCCAAACAUAGCAACAAAAUCUCUAUCGGUCGCACUCUGUGCCAUUGCCACGGUCACCGUGACAUCCCUGCUUGUAACUACCAUUCUCCAUGCCUUUGUGCUUGUAGACCUUUUCCCAAACGACAUUGCUGUUGCAAUUAGUGACAAAAAGCCAAAAACAACCCCAAAAGUGGUUUCAUAGGAGGAAUGGAAGCUCAGAGAAAGAUGUUGAAAAUUAGCUUAAAUUUGCAGACAUGGAUAGGAAGGAUGUUGAGACUUCUCCCACAUGGUAAGAAUGUAAUUGUCACUCUGAAGUUAUAUCACUCAGACAAGAAUGAGGAACAUUCUGAUACCUAGGAAAAAUAAAUAAAAAAUAAAAAAAGAUGAUUGUUGUGGUUAUGUAAAAUUGAUGUAUAGAGAGAAAUUAAGGUUUGUGUUGCAAGAAAAGGGUAAUGUACCAACAGUUUUUGAGUUGUAAAUCACAAGUGUAUGUAAUAUUGCUUCUUUUUUUCCCU